AUGAAGUUCACUUCUACCACCGUCCUGACGCUGGCCGUUGCCGGCUCCGUCUCUGCUUCCAGACACGCUCACGGCCAUCACCACGCCCACCUCGACAAGCGCGUUGUCACCCAGGUCGUGCCUGUCCCCGGCCCUACCGUCAUCGCCUAUGUGCUCGACGGAAAGCCUAUCCCCAAGGAGGAGGCCUGCUCUGGUGUCAAGAGCGGCAAGUACUCUUGGGGUGAUGGCAGCAGCCACGACGAUGUCUGCGGUGCUCCAGCUGGCCCUGUCCCAGCUCCUCCAGCUGGCAACCAGUUCUACGAGGCACCAUCCAGCUCUGUUGCUCCUCCACCAAAGCCAACCCCUCAGCCAAAGUCCUACGGCGAGUCCGUGCCAAAGCCAGAGAAGCCAGAAAAGCCUGAGCACCCAGAAAAGCCAGAGGAGCCAGAGUCUCCAUCCGGCGGUGAGGGUGUCGACCUGGAGUUCCCAGACGGCAAGGUCGACUGUAGUGACUUCCCAUCCAAGUACGGUGCCCUCUCUCUCGACUACCUAGGCCUCGGCGGUUACUCUGGCAUCCAGCACGUCACUCCCCUCGGAAACGCAUUCGGCACCAUCCGUACCGCCAUCUCUGGUGAGUCUUGCGUUGACGGAGCCAUGUGCUCCUACGCCUGUCCCCCUGGCUACCAGAAGUCCCAGUGGCCAACCCGCCAGGGUUCCACCGGUGAAUCCGUCGGUGGUCUCGAGUGCUCCAACGGUAAACUCCACCUCACCAACCCUGGCUUGUCCAAGAAGCUCUGUAUCCCUGGUGUUGGAGGUGUCAAGGUCAAGAACACCCUUGGCCAGAACGUCGCCGUCUGCCGAACUGACUACCCCGGAACCGAGUCUGAAGUCGUCCCUCUCAACGCCAUGCCUGGAUCCACCACUCCUCUUACCUGCCCCAAGGCCGAGUCCUACUAUGCCUGGAAGGGUAUGCCCACCUCCGCUCAGUACUACGUUAACCCAGCUGGUGUUCCCCCAUCCAAGGCUUGCCAGUGGGGUGAGGCCGGCGGUAACAUCGGUAACUGGGCUCCUAUCAACUUGGGUGUUGGCGAGAAGGCCGGUGCCAAGUGGCUGUCCAUCAUUCCUAACCGCCCAACCACCAACGCCAUCUUGGACUACACCGUUGAGAUCGUUGGCGACAACCUCGGUGGUACCUGCAAGUACCAGGGAGGAAAGUUCCACUCCCUCACCGGUGUCAACGAAGAUGGAUGCACGGUCCAAGUCAUGUCUGGUGACGCCACCUUCGUCUUCUCUGAAUAG